UCAGUUCGUAGCGACUGUUAGAGAAGUCAUUACAAUGAUUGGAGUAUUGGUUCUAUUAGUUGGUCUGGCAAAAAUUGCCAAUGCAGUGGACUACUGUGCUCUGCCCACGUGCUUGGACAAGCACAUUGCCUGCAACAACAAGGGAAACUUUAGUGAAGGGUGCCCAAAGGAUGUCCGAGAAGUGAAGCUUGAGCCCCAUCAGAAGUUGAUCCUCACCCUGUUCAAUGAGCUGCGCAACACUGUCGCCGGCGGCAAAAUUGAAGGCCUUCCCAAAGCUUCGCGCAUGGCGAAGAUGGCAUGGUGCGAGGAACUCACUCACCUGGCGCUGCUGAACGUGAAGACCUGCCAAUCGCUUCCCGAUAAAUGCCGCAGCACCGAACGCUUCGCUUACGCCGGCCAGAAUAAUGCCAUUUUCAGUUACAGCGGCGCCGAGUCUGAGUACAGCGAUGGCGAAAUUAUCAAGGAGCAGAUUGAGAACUGGUUCAAUGAGCGCAACAAUGGCUCUCCCGAUAUUCUUGCCAGUUUCCCCGAGGAGCUGCCCAACAAGAAUGUGGCCAAGUUCACCAUCGCCGUGGCCGAGAAGAACACCCAUUUGGGCUGCGCUGCCGUUCGCUUUUCUCGCGAUUACUACAAUCACUUUGUGCUCACCUGUAAUUUCGCCACAAGAAACAUCAUUGGUCAGCCCGUGUACACACCCGGAGAGAAGGCCACCGCGGGUUGCAAGAAUCGUUAUGGCGCUGCCUUCGACUAUCCCAAUCUGUGCUACGCCAAGGAAAUUUAUGACAACGAGAAGAUCGUUGAUAAUAUUAGGGUGUUUUAAAUACGGGUUGGGUGACCUGAAUAACUAAUUGCACCGAUAUUAUCAAGCCAUAUUUACCCAUAAUAAAGACUAAUCGCAAGCAAAAUAA